AUGGCCACCAAUCCAGCGGCGCUGCUGCCGCUCGACGUCGAGUCCCGCGAGCGCAUCCCUGGCAGUCCGCUCGUCCCGGGCGGCGUCUCAUGGUCUGAAGACAGCCGCCUUGCGGUCGUGUCCGACUCGAGCGUCCUCGUCGCGACGUUUCGCAGUCGCGAGCUCGAGAUGUUCCAGCCCAAAGGUCCCGCCGUGUCCAAAGACUUUGUCUUUCUCCCAGACGCGACCGAGCACGAGCGCAUUCCAUUGGCAGUUCCUCCCGUAGUGGAGUCGCUCGACGCGGGGCUCCCUCGCGCAAGCACCACGUACUUUCUGCUGCACGAGAGCGAUCGACAUCAAUACAAUCCCAAGGAACUGUCGCUGUCCAAGAACGACUGCAAGUCGUUUGUCGCUGCCGUCUGGGGACCGCGAGGCUCGGCGCCCAACUCGUCGUGUGCGCUCUUGGCACUGACCGCCGCGUCUCGCGUGACGCUGCACUUCCCCUCGAGUUUCCACAUGGACUGGAAGCAAGUCGCAGUGUUUUCCGAAACGUUGUUUGACUUCCUCGAGCACAAAGGCUUUCGACUUGGCCCGUCGCACGACUUGGACAAUCGCGACCGAUUGCCAUUGCGUGUGGCGACAAGGAAUGGAUUCGGUGGCGACCAAGCGACCAAGCGGCAGCACAAGAAGAGCAAGGUUGACCCGAAGAUCGGACUUGCUGCAAGGCACUCGGUUGCCGAGUAUGCGCACAAAUGUGCCAUGGUGUCGACACUGACGAUGGCGUGGUCGCCGUUCAUGUUGACAAUGGACACGCACGAGCCUGUGUCGCUCAUUGCACUGUCGGGACGGAAAGUGAGCACCAUUUGGGUGUACAAGUAUCCGUCGUUCGUGGCGGACGAGGAGGUGCCCGUUUUUCUGUCGUCGACACCGAUUGCGUGGAUCGACACUGAAAAGUAUGGAUGGGUUUCCACGAGUACGUGGCAGCAGAUGCAUCGGUAUGGAACAGGUUAUACAACGAGCCGAGACCGUGGACUCGCGCUCGGAACGUCGGAAGGUUCUGUGCUGAUUGCCAGUGUUCCAGUGCGCGCCGCUACAACAAACGAUGGCUUGCCUCAGAAACUAGCAGUAGAUCGCGUGAUUGUGGCACCGCACUCGCACCCGGUCUACGGUCUAUGUAUGGGAAGUCGUUGGACGUACUCUAAUAGCCGGACGAACGAUUUAGUUGUUGCGUCGGGGUCAACGAUUUCUGUUUGGGACCUGAAAAAGAAGAAGCAAGCACAACCAAACGUGAUGUGGAAAGCGCACGAUGGCAAUGUAACUGGAAUUGACAUCAACUACUUUGGAGACACGGUGUUCACAGCUUCAGUAGAUGGAACGAUCAAAGCAUGGGAGAAGAGCACAGGCAACGUACGUUACUCGAGCGAUGCAACAUCUACCGACUCAGCAGUCACGAACCCCAGUGACUCUGCUACUACUACUGCGUCGAGCACUAGCACUACCAAGUAUCCCGUGUUCGGUUUGGCGAUGUCCCCCAGCUCUGCCCAGUUGGCGUGUGUCUUCAUUAUCCCUCCAGCAUCCCGGCCCAACCGCAAGUCACAAGCCGACGUUUCCUACAGCCGUGUGUCAAGCUCACUUGAGUACAUUCCAUCGCCUUUGCUGAAAAGCUCCGAUUACUUCGUGGACGCUAUGUGUCGCAUUCUGAGCGAGAGUCAGUCCAUGGGCAGCUUCAUGGACGUGGUGUGGUUAUGCUAUAAUGAAAACGCGACGCUGAUGUCGCUGAAUGGGACAACAGAUUUGGUCAUUCCUAGCAUGUUGAACAAAACCAAUAGCGCAAACGGCGAAGCAAGCGAGAGCAAGAUGCUUGCGCGCCAACCAAUGUACUUACAUCUGUGUGAGGAGCUGGAGAAGCGCUACUACGAAUCAGUCCAGGAUAUGAACUCUGCGAAAUGUGAUGCCACGCUUCCCGUUCCGCUUUUUUUACAGGCAUCGUUGCUGCUCCGCACUGCGAUCACUCCGGCAGACCACCAAGUAGCGGCCCAAGAAAUCGUCCUCGCUAGAUUGCGACGGACUUUGGGGGUGUAUUGGGCAGAGCGUUGUUUGACGUCAGUACUAGAGGCUUCGAAGAAGGCUAGCAUGGCACUACGCGACUAUCUUGCCAGUUCGGUGACGAUGAAGUACAGCGUAUUGGCCAUGGCUGAUUUCCUCAGUGUGCAGAAUCCGCUAACACACCGCAUUGAGGCUCUUGUCACGCAUGCCUACGAUCAAUUGGACCCGACGGUGAAUGCCAGGUGGAUCGCAUACGUUCAAGCAAAAACGGACAGUGAGAACCGGACUGGCGAUUCUGACAAUGUCGCUGCAGUCUAUACGCCGCCUCCGCGAGAGACGUGCUUCAUUUGCGAACAAAGCGUCCCGUUUGGCGAGCUAGAGAUUGUCUGUGAGUCUGGCCACACUUUGGAGAGGUGCUUCCUCUCGUUCCGCUGUAUUGCUGCCAUGGAAGUAUGGAAGUGCAUGGGUUGUGGAGCAUCAGCAGCUGAAAUCGACUUGUCGAGCGGCACGCCUCCUUUUUAUUUAUUCAACUACGAGCAGGCUAAUGACGCUAAACUCACUGCCGCGGCUACCCCGACGAUCCUCUGCCGCCUGUGUGGUAGCUACUGCAGCUUGUCGAAAUACUGA